AUGCUGCCCUGUCGCAUGCGCAGACGUCUUGCACGAGGAUUGAAGAGAAAGCACCUGAACUUGAUCUCUCGUUUGCAAAAGGCAAAGAAGGCCGCCAAUGUUCUGGAGAAGCCGGCUACAGUAAAGACUCACCUGCGUGACAUGGUCAUCCUUCCAGAAAUGGUCGGUUCCGUCAUUGGUAUCUACAACGGAAAAGUUUUCAACCAGACUGAGAUCAAGCCAGAGAUGAUUGGAUAUUAUUUGGGAGAAUUUGCCAUCACCUACAAGCCUGUCAAGCACGGUAGGCCAGGUAUCGGAGCCACCCAUUCAUCACGAUUCAUCCCUCUUAAGUACAGGGUGGAGGCGUUCUUCUUUGGUGAAGAGCGCACAAUAUCCGAAUUUGAAGUAUACUUGGCCAACAAAUCAAAAUGA